ACGUUUGACAGCUGACGCGUAACCUGUGGUUGUGAGUGUAUAUUUUUGUGAAUGAAACUUUGUAGUUUGUACGUAAAAUGAAAAGUUUUCAAACUUGAUCAAUAUUAAUGUUAUGUUAUUUUUCUUGGUAGAUAUACUAUUAAUACAAAAUGAAUUAUAGUAAUUUGUUUUUGGGCGCUAUAUUCAUAAUAUUCUUCGUACAGGAAGUUCAAAGUUUACAUAAACGUUGCAUAAGAUGUAGAUCACGAGGAGACCUGGGGACUUGUGGUGAUCCCUUUCCUAUAAAUGUGACAGAGACUAUUGUAGAACAAGGGCUUCAUGUAGUGGCCUGUCCCUCGGGAUGGUGUGGCAAGUUGCUUGAAGGCACUGUGGGAGCAUUUCGGACUGAUGACUAUGGAACUGCAACUGAGAGAAUGUGCCUACAGAGACCCCCAAGUGAUUAUGAAGAGAGAUGCGCAUACACAAUGUGGAAUCGCAAGAAGGUUUACAUGUGUUUCUGUAAUGGUGACCUCUGCAACGCUGCAACUGGAAUCUCAACAUACCCACUCACACUUAUAUUAGCAGUAAUUAUACCUAUAUUUAAUUAUUUAUUUAAAAACUGACUUUAAAGACUUUGUGAUACACAAUUUAAGUCACAUAGUGGUCUGCAUUUUAUAGAUAUGAGACAUUAUAAUCCACUCUACCAUUCAAAUUGAGGCCAAAUUAUAAAUUGAACCCUAUUAUUAGCUUUGAAAAGGUCUGAAAUGCUAGAAUAAUAUUAGUAUCAUGAAAUAAAAUUGCAAAUAAGAGAUUAUUGACAAUAAUGUACAUAGGUAGUUUUUUACCAGCUGUAGAAAAGUUUUAUUCUGGCAACAUCAUAAUUAAGUAUUAACCUGUUGUAUAUAUGAACAUAGAUAUACACAAGACAUAAUGUGUUUUCUAUUGUGUUGUGUAUACUGGCAUACAAGGGUUAAAUAAUAUCAUAUGACUACUGUUAUAUUCUCUAUUUCCUUUACUGAAAAUUUUGAUAACCAGUUUUUAAAACACAAGUUCCUUAUUCAAUUUUAAAAUUAUUUAAUUCUAAUAUUUUUAUAGGUAUAUUAGAGUGUAAUAUAUUGGCAGUUAAACAUUUAGCAAAUUUUUCAAAUGAUCAAAGAUAUUUAUUCUGUAAUGGCAAAAUGAAACUUCUAAUUAUAUGUACUUAAAGUUAAUUAUUGUUCCUUCAAAUACUUACAAUUUCAACACUGAAAACUAGUAUAUGACUGUAUGUAUGCAAUAAAUAUAAAUAAGUAUUAUUAUAAUGUAUAUAAAAAGAGAUAUACUCAAUUUACCUAUAACCUAUGAGGUUUUCUAGUACUUAAGUUCUAUAAAAUUGUGUUCAAAACAAUCGCUGCCUUGUAUGCUUAAAGGAAUAUAUUAUGUAUACAUGUUAUAUAGGGUGGCUGGUAAUUAGUGAAGGAUAUUUAAACAUAAAACUAAUGAGUAUACAAAAAAAGUUUCUUCAGGAAAGUUGUUUGUAAUUAUGAGUACAAUCACAUGUUUAAAUAUCGUUCACUAAUUAUUAUCAGUCACCCUUUAUAUGUACAUUACAUGGUAUAACUUAUAUUCUAUGAAUGUCGUUUGUGAGCAAGUACAUUAUUGUAGCUAUAUGUAAUUAAGGUAGAUAGAUAAAAAAUUAAAAGAAUUUGAUUCAUUCCGUCCAUAAAUAUACAUUCCAAUUAAAUACUAAUUACUGUUAGAAUUAGUAAUUAGUGAUACUAUUGUGUCUAUAUAAGAUUGAUAGGAAACAAUGAAACAAAGAAUCUCUUUAGGUAUCCAUUAUUUCUGAAUUUUACUGUGAAUAUGAAAUGAAAUGUUUAUUUUAUAGCUCGAAAUUUUUAAAGUACAGGGUGGGUAAAGAAUGUAUUUAUUAUUUUUGUAAAUUUGUCUCAAUAUUUUAUUUUACGAGUGUCGAACAAACAUCACAGAUAUAGGUAACAUUUUGUGUUUGUAUUCUAUCGAUUUGGUUUGUAAAUGUGAAAUAAAACUCAAUAGAUUUAGUUGUGUAUAAUAUUAAUGACUUUUUUAUUGAGUAUUUUUAUUGUUGUAUACAAAUAUAAUAAUAAUUGCAAUUUUA